AUGUCCUUUCCUUACUCCCAGGAUGCUCGCCGCCGGCGGGUCGGAGCCGGCGCCGGCUUCAGCUCCACUGGUAAUCGGACCGUCCUGGGAUACUGGGUGCCUCUUGCUGUUACCGUGGGCAUCGCAACUGUUAGCAUUGCAGCCUGGAUCUGGAGCGAACGCAGCGAGGACGAUGACGAUAAUAAUAACAAUAACGACCGCGAUACUACUAUCCCCCCUCCUCCGCACGAUGACCGCUUCCCCGCCCCCGAGGGUUACCCUCAUGGCGAAUAUGCGGACGAUUACGCCCGUUCAACCGCUACGGAUAUACCAGGGGAUGAUGCUAGCAUGAUGGCGCGCAUGCAGGGUGCGCUGCGCCGCACUCCUAGUCCCCAGCAGAUCUUUGAUGGCGCUAGCAAGAAGGUUGCUGCGGGAGUCGCUGCCGCGGGAGCUUUCGUGGGUGGUGCGCUGACCUCGAUCCGUGAGGAAGAUAGGGGUGACUUUGAGGAUCAUUCUCGCUGGUCGGAGGAGGUCGCUUCGAGAGCUCAGCGCGCGGAACAGCCUGCGCCGACUAUGACGGGGGCGUUGCCGGUUCGUGAUGUUGGUGUUGGCGGCCCAGCGUCUGCUACGAAAAAGAGGACUGUUGCGAUUGUGGUCUCGUCGGAGUCUGCGCAGGUGGAUCCGGAGGAUAUCGUCUCUCAGCAUGUGUCUAUCCUUUCUCAUCUCCCCGAACACGUCAACCUAGAUACGGCUAGGGUCUUCAUCAUGAUCUAUGCCCCCGGUCUCAAGCACGCCCCGAAGCAGGGAAGCUCCUCUCAGCCGGACUUGUCUGUUGCCUCUUCCUAUUCCAACAUCGCCCCCGAAGAAGCUGUUGCGUCUGGUGAGCUUCCCGAGGGAGAAUCGCCCUCGGAAUCUCGCCAGGUCGAUGAAGAAGAGGGCUCUACACCACUGUUCAAGACAAUGUACACUCAGGCGCAGGCACUUGUGGAGAAGGAGAACACCAUCAUGCCCUUCAGCACCGCGACAGGGUUUGUGCAUCUUCUUCGCCACCUUUCUCCUGAGGUAGUGUAUGUUCAGGAGUCCCUUACCGGGGAAGCAGGAGAGCAUGUAAAGCUCUUCUCUGGCUGGGUUCGGGAUACGGUCAUCGUCGUCGGAGGCGAAAUCGGUCACGGUGGUCUUGUUGACAGCGACGAUGAGUCUGCUCUUGCAGACAAGGGCGAGAAAUGGUGGCAGAAGGAGGGUGUCACUGGCAUUGGCAAGCGGAUCAACGUGGUGGAUGUCCACCGCAUUGGUGAUGAUUGGAGGCGGAGAGUGUCUGGUCACGACUAG